AUGGCAUCCUCCCACGCGUUAAAGAACUCUCGCGUCUCCAUCAAGUCUGAAGCCAAAGACGAGUCGGCGAAGUUCGUCGAUCUUCGUGAGGCUGAUGUCGAGCCUCCCAAAAAGAAGCACAAGAUGGGUGUUGAAUCAUUCUCCAAUGCCGAUUCUCUGAUGGCCUUCAGCGUCGGCGAAGGAGACUACGAAAAGAGAUACAUUGUUCGCAAGAGGGAUGCCCGCAAGUCACCUGUCAUUAAGGCUAUCCUUAAGGAUCGGGAUUCUGAAGGUUGGAUUACACAUCAUUUCGAAGAGACUACCGAUGAUGCCGUCAAGUUCCUCAUUCAAUGGCUUGACUCACAAAAGCUUGAUGCCAUUCAACUCCGCAAUGAUGAUACUGAUGAUGGUGGCGGAAACGACGAUAUCUUCGCCAGAGAAGACGAUGCCUUAUUCGACUUAUGGAUUCUAGCUGCCAAGCUAGGACUACCCGAACUUCAAAACGUCGCACUCAAGACCGUUGAUGCAAUUAUUAGGAAAGGAAACCCUCUCCGAUGGCAUAACGUUCCCAUUAGCUGCAUCAAACGCUUGUAUUCAGACGAGUCUGGCACAUUGCUCCUCAGGGGUUACAUGGUUGCAGCCUGUGCAGAAUUCGUCGAUUUCGGAAAUUAUCAGCACGACCCUUUCGAGUUUCCACACCAGUUUAUGAUGGAUCUGGCAGCUUUCUGGUCCAAGACAUCUCGUGCAAAACUUUGCAAAGUCGCUGACUUCUAUGUCAAAUCAAACUAA